CUUAGAAUGGCAGAAACAAGUCUGCUGGAGGCCGGGGCCUCUGCCGCGUCCACAGCUGCGGCUUUGGAGAACCUGCAGGUCGAGGCGAGCUGCUCCGUGUGCCUGGAGUACCUGAAGGAGCCUGUCAUCAUCGAGUGUGGACACAACUUCUGUAAAGCUUGCAUCACCCGCUGGUGGGAGGACCUAGAGAGGGACUUUCCUUGUCCCGUCUGCCGGAAGACGUCCCGCUACCGCAGUCUCCGGCCUAAUCGGCAGCUGGGCAGUAUGGUGGAAAUUGCCAAGCAGCUCCAGGCUGUCAAGCGGAAGAUCCGGGAUGAGAGCCUCUGCUCCCAGCACCACGAGGCCCUCAGCCUCUUCUGCUAUGAGGACCAGGAGGCCGUCUGUUUGAUAUGUGCAAUUUCCCACACCCACCGGGCCCACACCGUGGUGCCGCUGGACGACGCCACGCAGGAGUACAAGGAGAAGCUGCAGAAGUGCCUGGAGCCCCUGGAACAGAAGCUGCAGGAGAUCACUCGUUGCAAGUCUUCCGAAGAGAAGAAGCCUGGUGAGCUCAAGAGACUCGUGGAGAGUCGCCGACAGCAGAUCCUGCGGGAGUUUGAAGAGCUUCAUCGGCGGCUGGAUGAAGAACAGCAGCUGUUGCUGUCACGACUGGAGGAGGAAGAACAGGACAUCCUACAGCGACUCCGAGAAAACGCAGCUCACCUCGGGGACAAGCGCCGGGACCUGGCCCACCUGGCAGCUGAGGUGGAGGGCAAGUGCUUACAGUCGGGCUUCGAGAUGCUUAAGGACGUCAAAAGUACCCUGGAAAAAUGUGAGAAGGUGAAGACCAUGGAAGUGACUUCAGUAUCCAUAGAGCUGGAAAAGAACUUCAGCAAUUUCCCCCGACAGUACUUUGCCCUAAGGAAAAUCCUUAAACAGCUAAUUGUGGAUGUGACCCUGGACCCCGAGACCGCUCAUCCUAACCUUGUCCUGUCAGAAGAUCGCAAGAGCGUCAAGUUCGUGGAGACAAGACUCCGGGAUCUCCCGGACACGCCAAGGCGGUUCACCUUCUACCCCUGCGUCCUGGCCACCGAGGGCUUCACCUCGGGGCGGCACUACUGGGAGGUGGAGGUGGGCGACAAGACCCACUGGGCGGUGGGCGUGUGCCGGGACUCCGUGAGCCGCAAGGGCGAGCUGACGCCCCUCCCCGAGACUGGCUACUGGCGAGUGCGGCUGUGGAAUGGGGACAAGUACGCGGCCACCACCACACCGUUUACCCCUCUCCACAUCAAGGUGAAGCCCAAGCGGGUGGGCAUAUUCCUGGACUACGAGGCCGGCACGCUGUCCUUUUACAACGUCACAGACCGCUCCCACAUCUACACCUUCACCGACACUUUCACCGAGAAACUCUGGCCCCUCUUCUACCCCGGCAUCCGGGCCGGCCGGAAGAAUGCGGCCCCGCUGACCAUCAGGCCCCCGACAGACUGGGAGUGAGGGGUCGGGAUGUGGGAAUAGUCGGGGUGAGGCAGGGUCAAGCUAUGGGCCUUCCUGUGUCCUGCUGGAACGUCGUGUCUGCUGGUUCCAGCCCUGAGUCGUCUCGGAGAAACACCGGGUUUUCUAGGAUGGUCUGUGUGGAGGAGCAGCUCCUCCCUCUGCUUCUGACCUCAGGAACCGGCAGUCAUUGACUAUCUUCCAAACAUCUGCCUUUGGCUUCAGCAGGGCAGGGGAGGGUCUAGCUGGAUUUAAAUCCCACAUCACCACCACCUCCCGACCCGUCUACAUGGAGAGCGGUCGUCUCCUGAAAAGGUGUGGCA